AUGAAGUGAGAGCAGGAUUACGCGACGUGGAGAUUCUUAUCAUCGAUGAAAUAUCCAUGGUUUCAAAGGAUCUGUUCACAUACGUAAACUGGAGAUUUCAGCAGAUCAAAGGCAACAAGAAACCUUUUGGAGGAAUAUCUUGCCUCGUCGUAGGGGAUUAUUAUCAACUGCCACCGCUUGGUAAAGCCAAACCGCUCUGUGUGUAUGAAGAGGAUGUGCUGGACUUCUGGAAGGACCAUUUUCAAAUCAUCACACUCACAGAGAUCAUGCGGCAGAAGGAAGACCUCGCUUUCGCUGAACUGUUGAACAGACUACGAGUGAGGCAGAAGACAGAAGCUCUCAGGGAAGAUGAUCGAGCUUUGUUAUUCCAGGCUGUGAAGAAGCCAGAAGACUGUCCAAAUGAUGCUCUACACAUAUUCGCCACUAACAAAGAGGUUGACAAGUACAAUACCGAGAUUGUACAGGCCCUCUUCGCUGACAUCAUAACAAUUGAUGCCGAAGACUACAGGAAAGACCCAAGAACAGGAAGGAUGAAGCGAUUAAACAAACCUGUCACUGGAAAAAAGGACGACUUGCUGGACACAAUGCAAGUUGCAGUGGGAGUUCGUGUUAUGGUAACCAGGAACCUGGAUGUAGAAGAUGGAAUUGUCAAUGGAUGUUUUGGCACGAUUGCAAACAUCGUCACCAAAGCAAAAGAUGGAAUCGACACCGUACAAAUGUUAGGACUUCAACUUGACAAUCCGAACGCCGGUCAGAAACACCGUAAAAAGGUACGAGGUGAAGAAGACGUCUUAGUUUACAUUGAGAGAUCUGAAGAAAGUCUGAGGAAGGGAGCCGUUCGUCGACAGUUUCCCAUUAAGCUAGCUUACGCCUGCACAGCCCACAAAGUUCAAGGCAUGACAAUGCACUCUGCAGUAGUGUCAUUGAAGAAGAUUUUUGAGCCGGGAAUGGCCUACGUUGCCCUCAGCAGAACGACAUCUCUACAAGGAUUACACAUUACGGAUUUCGACGACAAGAAGAUAUAUGCUGAUCCUGAAAUCACAACCUCUUUGCAAAGCAUGAGAAGAGCAAGAGUUGAAGAAAUCAUGCCACUUCUGCAGCACGUGAGGGAAAAUAGGCAGGAACAGACACUCACCAUCAUUCAUCACAACACGGAAGGACUGUCAUCUCACAUGAAGGAUAUCAGAUGCCAUCAUGAGCUACAACUCGCCGAUGUUCUGUGUUUAACAGAAACACACCUGACUGGAUCGUCCACUUCGGAUCUCCAAUUGGAAGGAUACAACUUGUUCACACGCAACAGGCAUGUCUCCUACUCCACACAUCUAGAACUUGGAAGGAAAAAUGGAGGUGGAGUCGCAAUAUAUUGCAAGGAGCACAUUCCAACUCAGCCCAGGCAAUAUAUACAAAAUGUGACUGAUCUGGAGUUUGCUGUGAUCAAAUUGGAUUCCCCAAUAAAAGCAGCAGUCGUAGCUGUGUAUAGGCCACCACAGUACAGUGUUGGAGAUUUCUUGACCAACCUGAACAGUAUGCUGGAUUACCUGGACCUCACACACAACGAUCUCGUCAUCAUCUGUGGAGAUUUCAACGAGGACCUCCUACACCCUGGAAAAAAACCUAUUCUAGAGUUUUUUCAAUCUCGAGGAUACACGCAACUGAUUACAUCAGCGACAACGGAAAAGCACACACUACUUGACAACAUCUACGUUUCAAAUCCGGACUUCUGCCGUCAAUCGGGCGUGUUACAGACCUACCACAGUUACCACAAUCCUGUGUACUGUGUAUUGCGUUUUUUUCCAUAGGUGAAUUGCCCGCUAUACCAGGUCACUGGGGCCACUGAAUCAGCAUUAACGACAACAGUGGGGCAACACCAGCCUUAGUUCCCCAGUGGCUUCUGUAUGAGUGGUGUCUUGGCCUUAAGCCAUACUGAACUGAGGUUCCAUUUAACCUCCUCCAUCGACGACCGUGACGUUGCGGUUAUAUUGUGUUGUUCGUGGUAAUAUGAAGGUGUUGUGUCCCUGAGUUAACUAGAGUACAGCAGCAGGAAGGACGAAGGAGUAGUUUGGCAGCUCCAGGCAGGACAGGAAGUGAAGGCAGCAGAAUACAGAACGCAGUCAGGAUUAGUGUAAUAACUCCAGGGAAGACACAGACAGUGAGAGCAACAGCAGCAGUGCAGGAAGAUUUUGGAGACCAUAGCAGUCCUCUGCAACACUGGAUAUGAGUAUGCAAUAUACCAUCUAAAGGAACCGGCGAGUCAGGAUUUCUGAGAAGAUCAAGUGUGCUGCUCCACUGAUGAUGAUGAGCUGGAUACCAGCUUAUGGGCUAAUUUCUUUCAUUCAUUGCCAGAGGACGGGACCAGAUGUGUUUGGAGUUGAAGACAAUGCUGAAGACCAAAGAAGAAACGGAAGAAGCACAUUAAAGCACUGAGGGUGUCCAGCCUGUUUGCCAUGUCAGAUCCAGCGGCUAGAUGGCGGGAGAUGCUUCAUUAUACCCCUGAAUGCCUUUAAUUAUUAGUUGAUAGAUUAAUUAAUUUUAAUAUAUAUUUUUAAAUUAUCCUAUUAUAUUAAAUAAUUGGUCUCAGUUAACUAUUUCAUAUAUUAGCUCGAAUAAUAAUGUUUUUAUAAUGUGUACGCCAUGCCCGAGGAGGAUGGGUUCCCCCUGAUGAGUCUGGUUCCUCUCAAGGUUUUUUAUCUCCUUAAGAGUUUUUUCCUUGCCACCGUCGCCACUGGCUUGCUCACUGGGGGUGUUGUGUCAAAUCCUGUGUCCCUCUCGCGUCCCUGCCGACCAGGGUUUCCAAAAACAACAGUUUGCGACUCAGUUCAUAUUUUUUUAUUGAAUCAUAGAAAUUUAAACAAAUAAAAGUGAAAUCAUGUUAUGGCUUAGUCACUUACGGUAAAGCAGUAAGCCCUGUGAUGCUGUGAUUAACAGUGCUUUCAGAACUGCUAAGGGGUGUUGUUGUUUUCUGAAAUCACAGGGCUUAUGUAUGGCCUUAUGCCCUUUAUAAACACUUGUGCAGUAAUAGACACAAUCAUGGAUGGUAAUUGAGUAUUUUACAAUGGCUUUAAAUGCAACAUGCACAAGGUUCACUUUAUUAAUACAAUAAUUCAAACACUUUCAUCACCAUUCUGCCAAAAUAGAAACUUGAUUGUAAAUUUUUUAUUAUUGCAACAUUAAGAUAUUUGUUUUUUACUUUCAUAAUUUUAUAAGUUUAAUAUGAAGUUAAAAUAAUAUUUAUACGUGAGCUAGUAUGACAUUUAUAGGGUGGGAUUUGGCACAACAGGCGUUUUCUAAAACUUUUAAUAAACAUUUUGGUUGAAUUGG